UUGACAGAGACACUGACUCGUGCGUGACAUUUGACACUUGACAGCUUGUUCUAAAGUUACGAAGACACGCGAAAACAAGAAUUAGCGAAAUGCGCUGCAAGCGCUCCUUUUGAGCCGUAGUUUUGAAAUGAGCACCCUUUUCCGUAUAGAAACUUUAUGAGAUAUGGAUUGAUUCUGACUUUCAUGAUUAGUUUUGAGUUUCGCAACAAGACACUGAAGUAUUAGAAAACGAAUGAAUCGAGUUUUUGAACUUUUUCGUUUUUUAUCUUUUCGUAUGUAAUCAUUUAUGGAGGUUGAUAUUGAAAUGUUUAUGAAAAAUGACAGUAUAUAUUACAAUAAAAUAAAAUUUUAAGUAGAAGAAAAAAGCUGACAGAAGACUCCCAUUCAAAACUUGUGAUAGCAAUAAGAAAUAAUUUAUUUUAAAAUGGUGGUGGUGGCGCACAGCUCGCGGGAGCUGGUGAAGGAGAACGCGUCGCUGCGCGCGCCGCUGUCGGGCGCCUGGCUGCUGGCGGCGCUGGCGGCGCUGCUGGCGGCGCUGGCGGCCGUGGCGCACAUCGACCACGCGCUGCCCGCGCCGCUGGGCGCCGACGCGCCGCGCGAGCGCUUCCGGGGGCUCGUCGCGCACCAGCUGCUCGUCAACCUCACCUCCAUCGGGCCCCGGGUGGCGGGCAGCUACGAGAACGAGGUGCUGGCGGUGAGCAUGCUGGUGUCCACCAUCAAGCACAUCGCGCAGCACGCGUCGCCGCACAACCGCAUCGAGCUGGACGUGCACGCCGGCAGCGGCGCCUUCGCGCUCUCCUUCAUGGACGGCAUGAGCAACGUGUACCGCGGCGUGCAGAGCGUGGUGGCGCGCGUGCGCGGCGCGGGCGGCCGGCCGCGGGACCGCUCCGCGCUGCUGCUCAACUGCCACUUCGACACCGUGCCCGACAGCCCAGGCGCGAGCGACGACGGCGCCGGCUGCGCCGUGCUGCUGGAGACCAUGCGCGCGCGCGCGCGCCGCGCGCUGCGCCACGACGCCAUCUUCCUGUUCAACGGCGCCGAGGAGAACAUCCUGCAGGCCUCGCACGCCUUCAUCACGCAGCACCGGUGGGCGCGGGACGUGCGCGCCUUCAUCAACAUCGAGGCGUGCGGCGCGGGCGGCCGCGAGGUGCUGUUCCAGGCGGGCCCGCACGACCCCUGGAUCAUCGAGAUGUACGCGAGCGAGGCGCCGCACCCCUUCGCGUCGUCGGUGGCGCAGGAGCUGUUCGAGAGCGGCCUCAUCCCCGCGGACACUGACUUUCGCAUCUUCCGCGACUUCGGCAACCUGUCGGGCGUGGACCUGGCGUGGAGCAACGGGUACGUGUACGGCACGCGCUGGACACGCGUGCCGGCGGCGGCGCUGCAGCGCACGGGCGACAACGAUGAGCGCUGGCGCGCGGGCUGCUGGCGGGCGGCGCGCUGGACGCGGCGCCGGGCGGGCGCGGCUGCCGGUGUACUCGACGUGCUGGGGCGCGUGGUGCUGCGCGCGCCGGCCGCGCUGCUGACGGCGCUGGCGGUGCUGGCGCUGGUGCUGCUGAAGCUGCGCGCGAGCGCGAGGGCGCGCGGCGCGCUGGUGGCGUCGCGCGGCGGGUGGGCGCGGGCGGUGCUGCGCGCGCUGCUGCUGGGCGGCGCGGCGUCGCUGGCGGGCGCGGGCGCGGCGCUGCUGGUGGCGCUGGCGCUGCACGCGGCCGGCGCGCCGCUCAGCUUCUACUCGCGCGUCGAGCUGCUGGCGCCGCUGUACGCGCUGCCCGCGGUGGCGGGCACGUGGGCGGCGCCGCGCGCUGUGGGCUCGCCGGCGCUGCUGCGCGGUGGUGGGCCGCGCGCGUGGCACGACGCACGCCGCGCCACGCCUGGCGCGCGCGCGCGCUGUGGGCGGCGGCGGCUGCUGCCGGCGGCGCAGACUGUACCUGGCGCUGGGCUCGCUGCGCAUGUUCGUGCCGGUGAUGGGGCGCGGCGGCGGACGCGCUGCCGCCGACGCCGCCAUGCGCUGCUGGUGGCGCUGCUGGCGCUGGCGGCGACGGCUGGCUGCUGCCGCUGGCGCUGGCGGCGCGCGGCGUGGCGCGGCUGGCGCGCGGCGCGGCUGCUGACGGCGCUGGCGGCGCUGCUGGCGCUGUCGCCGCUGGGCCGGCCGUACGGCGCGGAGCGGCCGCAGCGGCUGAUGGUGUUCCACGCGCGGCGCACGCGCGCGCCGCUGGCCGCGCGGGACGCGGUGGAGCACGCCUACUGGGUGCCGGAGCUGGACGCCAACACGCCGCGCACCGUGCUGCGACACGUGGCGGGCGCGGCGGCGCUGGAGGCGUCGGCGUGCGCGCGCCUGCUGUACUGCGGCGCGCCCUACUACCUGCCCGUGCGCACGCUCGUGCCGCGCUGGCUCGUGGCGCCCGCGCCCACCGCGCCGCGCGUGCGGCUGCGCGCCAGCGUGGCGCUGCGGCGCGUCAACGCCACGGCGCUGGAGCUGUCGCUGCGGCUGGCGGGCGCGGCACGCGGUGGUGGCGCUGGCGCCGGCGGCGGCGCGCGGCUGGCGUGGAGCAGCGCUGGCGGCGCCGGCGGAGGGCGCGGGUGGGCGGGCGGCGCACGUACUUCGUGGCGCUGCACGCGGGCGGGCGCGCGGCGGGCGGCGCGUGGCGGCUGCGGCUGCUGCUGACGCACGCGCCGGGGCUGGCGGCGCCGCACUGGGCGGACGUGGCGCUGGCGGCGCACGCGCAGUUCGGCGCGCACAAGCUGGCGCCGGCGCACGCGGCGCUGCUGGCGCGGCUGCCGGACUGGGUGGCGGCGACGGGCUGGGGCGUGGACCUGCACCUGUACCGCGUCUAGCGCCCUCUCUUGUUCGCUUUCUGCGCGUGUCUGUUGUCGAUUGUUUGACUUAGCUAUUCUUUUCUGUUUGUUCACAUUUUUGUUAUAAUUUUUCUAAUUAGACAUAAGUAGAUAUUAUUUAAGUAAGUCUGUAAGACCAUUCGAUCGAUCCCCAGAUGACGCAAACAAAAAUAUAUCAAUCACGAAAUACAGACAUAUACGGAGUAAAUUGCUUGCAGUCACCGCGCGUCACGCUUAGCGCCGCGCUCGCACUGCGCUGCACGACGUCAGUGCCGUGGGCCGCGACCCGCCGCCUGGACACACUUGCGUCAGGGUGAAUAGGCAACCUAUGCGCAUAUACACACAUUGAAUUACAUACUUGAUAAAAACAACACAAAAUACAUUCAUCACUAUCGGCCUCAUCAUUAUUGGCCUUAUAAUAAUUAUAAUUUUAACAUUAAGCGUUCUUAAUUAUAAGAUCAAUAAAACAUUAGGAAAUCAAUAGUUUCUCGCGGAUGUCUGUGGUCAACGAGGGGUUAAGAAGUAGAAAUAAAUAUCGAUGAUGAGAUGCUGUUUUAGUUUUCACCACAUUCAGACAGGCUCUUGUCGAUACUUAUUUCAGUUUGUACGGGUUAAACUAAUUAAACUUGAUAUUAGGCGUGGUUUUGUAAAAAUUGCUUUAAUUUAAAUCACUUGGGAACUCUUGUAUCUAUCACAGGCAAGGUUAUAAAUAUUUAGGUAUAUACUAGUAGUAACAUUUUCGGUAGCUCGAAUUGUGGAUACUGAACAAACUGUGCCUUAAUGUUCUGGCACUUGUUAGCUAUAAUGUAUUUAGCAGUAGUCGCAUAGACAGACAAACGAGCUGUGAUCGCCUAGCUGUAACACAUUUUUGUUGUUAAUAGAUAAGUGAUGGCAUUGUGGGCGGAGCUUUCCUUCCUACGUGCGAUGGACGGAUUGUGUAGUGUAGAGCUACAAUCAAAUAUUGAUUUUGAGAUGACUGCAAAUAAAAAGUAUGGGAGGAGAGUUUUCUCCCAUCACGUCAACACACGUGCAAGGCCACUGCACUUCUGGGAAGUAUGACAUGGCAUAGGGGCAGCCUAGAUGAUCUUGUUUGCCUGGUUAGGCAGACGUAAUGUACCUGUUGUAAACCUCAAAGCAUAGUAUCGUAUGCAGUUUAGUAUAUAAUCUAUGUAUAUUUAAACUCGUCAUUGGGUUGUUAUUACGUUGGUUUCAAUAAUUAUCGUUUUUCAGUUAUGUAUACUUAAUGUACAUUUUAUAUACAA